GGAGGGGCGGGGCGUGGCGGCGGCGGAGGGCGCGGAGCGGCACCGGCCGGGCCCGAGAGUCCCCAGGAUGAAUGGCUCCGAGCUGGGCGGCAGCUCGGCCUCCAGCCCCGCGGCCCAGGCGGAGCCGGGCGGGAUCGGGCACCCGGAGCAGGACAAGGAUCCCUUUGCCGAGUACCUGUGGAUGGAGCACGAGGAGGACUUCGACCGCCAGGUGGAGGAGGAGCUGCAGGAGCAGGAAUUCCUGGAUCGCUGCUUCCAGGAGAUGCUGGAGGAGGAGGAGCGGGAUUGGUUCAUCCCGGCGCGGGAUCUCCCGCAGGGAAUGCAGCCGGACAGCAACGGGCACGGCGCCGACGACAUCCUGAGCAAAAGCACCUUGAACCCGGACGCCAAGGAAUUCGUUCCCGGAGUGAAAUACUGACCUGGGAAAUUCGGGAAUGGCCUGGCCAGAGACUGAAUCCCUGCUCCAGGGAAAAGUUGGGACACGGGAAGGGCCCGGAGCGGCUCCGGCACCGGGAUCUGCUCCGCUUCCAAGUAUUUCUGGUUUUUCCCAAUUUUUUUUUUGUUUUUUUUUUUGGCUUUUCCUCACUUUUUCUUGGCAGUUUUUGGCUUCCUUGGGAUUUGCGGCGACCCCGCCGGCGGGAAAAUCUUGGGGAAAAUCGUGGGAAAAUAAUGGUAAGAUCAUGGAAAAAAUCACAGGGAAAUAAUGGGAAAAUGAUUGGAAAAUCAUGGGAAAAUCUUGGGAAAAAUCAUGGAAAAAUCAUGGGGAAAUAAUGGUAAAAUCUUGGGAAAAAUCAUGGGGAAAAUGACAGGGAAAUCAUUAAAAAAACACAGGAAAAGAAUAGGAAAAUCUUGGGAAAAAUCAUGGGAAAUGAUAGGAAAAUCAUGGAAAAAUCUUGGGAAAAAUAAUGGAAAAAUAAUGAGAAAAAUCUUGGGAAAAUAAUGGGGAAAAUCUUGGGAAAAAUAAUGGGAAAAUGACAGGAAAAUAAUGGAAAAAUCACAGGAAAAUCAUAGAAGAUCUUGGGGGGAAAAUAAUGGAAAAAUCAUGGGAAAAAUCAUGGAAAAUCAUGGGAAAAUCAUGGAAGAUCUUGGGGGAAAAUAAUGGAAAAAUCAUGGAAAAAUCUUGGGAAAAAUAAUGGAAAAAUCAUGGGAAAAAUCAUGGAAAAAUCAUGAGAAAAGCACGAGAAAAUCAUGGGAAAAAAAUCUUGGGAAAAUAAUGGUAAGAUCAUGGAAAAAAUCACAGGAAAAUCAUGGUAAAAUCUUGGGGAAAAUCAUGGGAAAAUGACAGGAAAAUAAUGGAAAAAUCACAGGAAAAAUAAUGGGAAAAUCUUGGGAAAAUAAUGGUAAGAUCAUGGAAAAAUCACAGGGAAAUAAU